AUGACUGAGGAGGAGAAAAAGACCGUCCUUGGAGAUCUCUACGAGAAACUCAACAAAGCAACCAAGACUGGACAGCAUCAGACUGUUCUUGACCACACAGAUAAAAUACUUUAAGUUGACAGCAUUCAAGAUGUAGCUAUUAAAGCCAGAAUUACAGCCUUAAUAAAGACUAAAAAUUUUGACUAAGCAAUCGAAUAACUUAAGGGGAAAGAAAAAUCUCAUUCUUUCGAAUAUGCUUAUGUAUUGCAUAGACAAGGCAAAAACAAGGAAGCCCUCUCUGCAUUAUAAAAUGGCACUGCUGACAAGGAAAGCUCACAUGUGAAGCAUCUUAUCUCGCAAGUUUAAUAUAAACUUAAUGAUUACAAGACUACUGUAAAUCUCUACACAGAUUUGAUUAAAAGUGCCAGUGAGGAUGAAGUUCAAGACAUUCUUACAAAUCUAUUGGCGUGUGCUUCUAACAGUGAUGAGUUGAUUAGUCCAGUCGAGAGACUUGUCGAGUCAUUUUAAUUCGAGAAGACCUACGAGUUCUUUUUCAAUCUCUGUCAAGUCCAGAUGAAGCAAUAGUUGUAUCAGGAAGCUCUUAAGAUGUUCAUUAAGUCCUAUUAAAUGGCCAAGGAUGAUGGCUCGGAGCAAAGUGAUUUGACUAGAUUUAAGGUCUAGGAGAUUCACACUCUUAACAGUUUGUAUUAAGACUUGAAUUAAAUUGAGUAUGGAGAGAUUAGCAAGUUUGUCUUGCCAAAGACUCUGAAGAACGAGAACUUAGUAGAAAUUAAUAUCAAUGCCUUCCAAGAAACUUAUGACUUCAACAAGUAAUAUCUCAAAGAGUUAAUUGGUAACUUGAACUGGAAUAAAUUCUCUGACAGAAUACAGUAACAACUUAGCAACAAUCAAAAUUUGACAUCUGAAUAGAAGAAGCUUAUGCAAGUCAACUUGAUAGUUGCAUAAAUCAGAAGUCACAAAUUUGAGGAUGCUAGAAAGGCUUGGGAAAAGAUUUCAGCAACAAAUGACCAUUACGCUCUUAAAGGUAUUGGAGCAUAUUUCUUCUUAAAAGACAAAAAGUAUGAUGAGGCACUUAACUUGAUUAAAAACCAAAAAGAUACUUACUCUAACUUCUUGAGAGCAUAAAUUCUUAUCUCUAAGAAGGAAUCUAAGCAAGCUUUUGAACAAUUAGCAUCAAAUCUUUCUGAUGAACUUUUAAACAAUGAUGACUUUAUGAUAUUCUUGCUAAAGCAAUGUUCGAACCUCAAAUUGUAAAGUGUAGUUACUAGUCUUGCAGAGUAAUUAUUGAAAAUAAAGCAAGCAAGUGCCAACAAAGAUUUGCUAUUAUAUUUAUCAGACCUACUUAUAACUGAAGGAAAUAAGACUAAAGCCUAUGAAAUCCUUAAGUCCUUAUCUGAGGCUCAUGGAAAUGAUAAUGUUGUACUCAGCCGAUACUUGAAUGUACUCGUUGAUGUGAAUCUUAAUGAAGCAGUUAAAGUGUAGUAAAAACUUAAUGCUCCAGUAUCUUCUAAUUUAAUUGAUAAUGAUGAAUACCUCAAUUAACUAAUUGAUGAGGGCAUGCCUGAGAAAAAGAAGGAAAAGAAAACCAAGAAUGUUGUGCAGGAGACUAAAGGGGGAGCUGAGAUCUUUAUUCCUAAAAAGAGAAAGAGAAGAGUUCAAUAUCCUAAGAAUUUUGAUCCCAAGAAUCCAGGCCCAGAGCCAGAUGUUGAGAGAUGGUUGCCCAAGUGGUAGAGAUCCAGAUUCAAGAAGUACGCCAAGAAGAAGGGUAUUUAUCUCAAGGGUGCUCAAGGAGAUGCUCAAAUCGACACAGAUGUUACAGGAGGCAUUUCUCAAAGUACCGCUCAUCAGGAAGCAGUUACAGAAAAGAAGAAGAACAAGAGAAGAAAGAAGUGA